CCCCUACCCUAACUACCUACCUACCCUCGGUUUAUUUUCUCCGAGCCGUUGUUUUAUUUAAUUUGUUUUCACGCUCUGCCCCUAACCUACCCCUCUCUGGUUGUUGCGAAGAAAAGUUUUGCCAACGUCGUUCCCCGUGCUUGUAUGUGUGUGCAAGCCCGAUUAGCCCUUCGAUCCUGACCACGAAACCUUUGCAAGUCCGGGCUGCAAACGCCGCCGGCCCGCCGUCAACAUGAAGAAGCAAAUCCUACGAGUCAAGCAGCUUGCGGAUCAGACGCUUCUCGGAGCGGACAAGAGCGAUGUGCUCACCGAAGACCUCGUCCUGGCCGAGAAGAGGGUGGACAGCAUCAAGCAGACGUGUGCCAGCACCCACAAGCGCAUCCUCUCCUGCCUACACAAUGUCUCCCUCGAGGACAACGAGAAGCUGCAGAAAAAAGUACCAGAGCUGGCCCUGUUCCACAGCCUACAAGAGUGCCACAAGAAUGUGGGCAGCCACACGCUGCUUGGGCAAGUGCUGCUGGACUGUGCGGGGCUGCAGCAGCGACUGGGCCAGGAGCUGCUCAACUAUGAGCGCGAGACUGACCGGCAGGUCCUUCAGCCCACCAACCAGCUUCUCGAGACGGACCUGCCCAACAUCUCCAAGCUGCGGAGGCAGUUGUCCAAGCUGACACUGGACAUGGAUGCUGCAAAGAACAGGUACCAGACGGCCCUGAAGCACGUCCAGCAGUCCGGCAACCUGGCGACUACCGGGGGCGGUGCAGCGGGGAGCACCGGUGGUGCGGGCAAUGCGGUUGCGGGCAACGCAAACGUGUCCACCAAGACGGAAGGCCUGCGCGAAGAAGCUGAGGACGCUACCAGCAAGGUGGAGCAGUGUCGGGACGCCCUGGCCGCAGAGAUGUUUGGCCUGAUCGGGAGGGAGCCCGAGUUUGCGCACCUUCUGGUCCAGUGGUACCAGCUGCAGGCUGACCACCACCGGCGGGCCCUGCAGCACAUUGACGCCGCCCUGCCCGGCCUCUGGGGGCUCAUCGGCAACUCCCCCCAGAAGCCGGUGUUUGGCUUUCCCCUGGAGGAACACCUGCGUGUGAAUGGGCGUCGCAUCGCCCUGGUGGUCGAGAAGUGUGCCGCCUGCCUGCUUGCCUCCGGCAUGGACGAGGAGGGGCUGUUCCGUAUUACGGGUAGUGCUUCGAAGAUCAAAAAGCUCAAGAGCGCGUUCAACGCGGGUUUUGCCGACAUGAGCGAGUUUGAGAGGGACCCCCACACAGUGGCAAGUGUGCUGAAACUGUACCUGCGAGAGCUUCCCGAACCCUUGAUGACCUUUGACCUGUAUGAGGAAUGGAUGAAGGCUGCAAGUGUUUCCGAUGCCAGUGCUAGGCUGCAGGCUUUGUGGCAGGUGGUCAACAAUCUACCCCAGGCUAACCAGGACAAUUUGAGGUACGUGGUGAAGUUCCUGGCUCGGCUGGUGGGCCACCGAGAGCAGAACAAGAUGAGCUCGCAGAACAUAGCCAUCGUCAUAGCCCCCAACCUGGUCUGGCCCAAGGAAGAGAACCAGUCACAGCACAUGGGUGUCAACAUGGGCAUAGCCAACAUGCACAGUUCCAUCGUGGACACCCUGGUCAACUAUGCAGACUGGUUUUUCCCAGGAGAAGAAGACUUCUCUCCCUCCGCGACGAGGACGACCGCACCGGCCGAGGGCCACCACUUGGGCCACCAGGCCACCACCAACGGUGAUGUCGAUGGUCACUUGGCAGGCCCUGGGUCAGGCUUGACAGGUCAGAGCCCACGCAUCCCUCAUCGGCCGGGCAAGAAGGCUGCGCCCGCAGCUCCGAUGGUGCCACAGCCGCGAGAUCGCAGCUCCAUCUUUAUCGGAUCCACACAGUCGUCUAAUGCAGAAAGCCGCACCGGAGUGCCGUUGCCCACCGGCGGAGGAACCCUCGGCAGGCCGCGACCGUCGGCCAAGCCGCAGAUCGCCGAGAAGCCAACGACACUGCAACGUCGCUCCCUUGAGGGCAUCGUCGAGGGAGGAGCCACAGCCGCGGGAGGCAGUUACUCGACCCUGUCCUUGGAACGCCGACCCGGGAGGCACCAGGUGGCGGGAGUCGUCAUGCGACCGCAGCCGUGCGAGCGGCCCUCCGUGCCCCCACCGGAGCGACCCAAGACUGGAAGCCUCGAGAGCGCGAACCGCAACCACGCCCCAGAGGCCUCCGUAACUUUGUCGCGAGAUGCCGAGAGGAACGGGGACGUGGUCAACUCUGGGAAUGGCCACAGUGGCAGGAGUAGCCAGCAACAGCAGCAGCAGUGCCAUCACCCUGACGGUAGGCUCGACCACGGUGCAGACAAGGUUCUGGCGAUGUCGGCAGACAGCGUGAUAUUUGCCACAAGGAGCAAAGAAAAUGGAACUGCCGAUGGCAACAGUAGCAGCAGCAGCAGCAGCAGCAGUGAAGGUGCAAGGAGGAGGGACGGCCCCGGAAGGCGUGGUUCUGGUGAGCGGCCCUUGUCCCUGGACCACCAGGAGAUGCUGUCGUUUGCGGACGAGUCCGACUCUGAAGACGGCAGUUCCGUUCUCGUGUCUCCCAGUGGCAAUGGUUCCAAUGGACCAAACAUCAUGUGGAAGUCGUGCAUUGCCAGCCUUCCCCGGAGACGACCACAGCACCGGACCUGUCCUCCCUUCGGCGUUCACCUUCAAAGACCAACGGUGUAGCACCGGAACGCCCCCAGCCACCGCAGACAACGUCCGCCUCCGGUGAGGUGCCGUCGUUGCCCCGUCAACCAGACGACGCUCGCUGGAACUUCUUGACGGCAUCGGAGGAGCAGCCGGUUCCCGAGCGACCGCCGAGGUCGAGCCCUUCGGCGGACACAUCUACGUCAACCUUUACGGGCAUCUCGGAGACGAAGCCGUCGAGGCAGUCGCCUGUCAUGGAUGCAAUCCACACGACGGGCCCUCCACCGGACCUCAUUACGUCUUCCGAACGACCAAAAUCCGAUCCAUCUUCCCCUACCAAGAGCAAGCUGGAAGGCGGCUCUCCCAGUCCUGUGCCGAUCAUGCCGGAAGCAACCCGUCUGUGACCUGUAACGCUCUGGCUUUGAAAGACAUUGUUUGUUAUUACCCCUUCUAUUUUGUUCCCCCUCUGGAAGAUAGAUGCUUGCAGUGGGGGCAUAAUCCUGUCGUGCAGACACUGUUGAACCUGUCUCCCCUUCCUUUUUUUUUAUCUACUGUACUUCCAUCGAGAAGGACACUGGAGACUUUGACAUUUAUUUCAACUAUUGUGUGUGCAGACAAUGCAGUACGCACUUCUUCUGAGAUGUCCCGCUGGUCUUGAGCUUGCCACAAGCACAGCUCACGGGACACCAGGAGUAAUUUUCUAUAGCUAAUUUUGUUCCUUUCUCUACCGUGCGUUGUCAAGAAGCAAUACCAAGGCUUCUGGAUGUGCUUCUUGGAAAUGCACUAAAGGUUUGUGUGCUUUUGUAAGGUGCAACUGAUUGUGCUCUCGUGGGUGGGUUCAAGGCAUAAUAGCCUGCUCCUGCAGCCUGGCCCUGUUCAGAAUGACUGCCACUUUUUCCUUUAUAUGCUUUUCUCCCAAGUGCAAUCAAUCAAUCAUGAAUCAAUCACGGGUGUGCAACUCAAGGACAGCAGCACUGUCAUGGGAUGGUGCGAGAACCAGGUCAGACCCAACAAAGGAAAUGGCAUAAGAUGCAAUUUGUCGGGCUCAAGUAGAACUUGGUGUCGAGCCAUGGUUAUUCUUAGCGUCAGUAAGCUUAGUGAGCCCCUCAGAACGUCAUUUCCCAUCCUUUUUUUCAGAGGCAGUUAAGUUUAAAGUUACCAUUGUUUGACAAUGUGGUGUUUGUUGAAUGAAUUCUUUUCGCAGUGGUCUGCUCUUAAGCAAGUGAAUGAAUUCGUGGAAAUCCUUGUUCUGGAACCGCGCAAACACUGUAAAAUUGUCUCGCUUCAAAGUUGUAGCAGUCAGUAAACUACAUCUAGCCACAUCUAGUUUGACUUUGUAACUACGUGUAUAAACUUUUGGACAAAGCAAUAUUGCUAAGUCAGCGAGCUGCGCAUAUACCACUGCAUAAGGGACGCUCAACGUAAUCCUUGUAAAUGGAGAUGUCAUUUCUUUCUUCUUGCAGGUGUAUGCUGUGUUUAGUCGAAUGUUACAGGAAACGUAUCGGCAUUGUACCAGGGGUUUUAAUGUGCCCCAAUAGCUUUUCCAAAUAGAUAGGUGAUGAAGUCAUAGACCUCAUUGUCCUGUGGGUGUAUGGUCAUGAGAGAGUUAAUAUUCUAAACAGGCUAUUUUAAACUGCAGCUGCGUGGAAUCCUGCAGUGAUCAAAACUUGGAUCCACUGAUUUGUUUUGGACAUGCUGCAGAUGCACCAAAUCAGACGCAACUCCAUCAAUGUGAACUUGUAUGUAAUAAGAAUGCUGCCGGUAGUUUCAAACUACUAGGGUGGAUCUCUGUGCUGUUCAUGUUGGAUUGGGUGACCGCUGUAAUAUUUUUCAAUCUAUAACAGGUUCAAGUUAAAAACGAUGUUAAAAACAGUUCCAAGCAAGUCAUAGGAAGAACACUUCCGAGUUCAUCUGACUCGGAAAUGGCUUUGCUAUAUCCGAAAAUUCAUAAGCUUACAUUGUUAGUAUUAUUGACGCCAAGACUAUUCAUCAAUAACUUUGCUUUAACCGAUAAUUCGUUAUAUGCAUAACAUAAGCCUGAACAAGUAUCUGAAGGUCUGUUCAUGAAUAUUUCGCUUCUUCAUAGUUUAGGAGUGGUCAGGUGUGCUUCCGCGUUGCAUUAUGUGUUGUUAUGGGGGUGUUUACGCCAUUACUGUGAUCGUGUUAGAGUGCAGUUCGCGUUGGCAGCAUUUGUUUCUACGCUUGCAACUGUUGCGUUUGAUCCUCACGGUGCGAGUCUCACGUCCGCGAGUUGUGAGACUUGGAAUUUUAUCGAAGCGCGAAGUUGCUCUUUGUGUCGCUCGGCGGUUCCUUUCCUUUUUUUUUUAAAUCUUCACAACGGUCACAGAUUAGCCUAGGUAGUCCCCGACUCGAGUUUGUCACUUUCUUUGGGUCACCAGCUCUUUGAUGUCCCGUGUAUAGCCUGUCUAUGUUGCGAGUUGAUCGUGUUGUGCGUUCAUCUGUGAGAUAACUGUGUCGAUACGUUAAAUCCAAGAAAACUGUCAUUUAGACUGGGUGCGCAAUACACAGACCACAUUAUUUAAAUUUUAGCUUGCCGCUACAUAUUUCGGUGCUAGGCUGGCACUCCAAGAACAAAGCCAUGUUUGUGGUCUUCUCCAGGUCCUCCUUUGAGUGGCCAACACAGAGCUGUGUUUUCACACUGUAGCUUUUUUUUUUAAAUUUUGAGCACGUCACUCUCGUGCUUCCUCAACCAUGACGGUUAAGCCGUGUCAUUUCAAGUUUUCUGUUGACAAGCUGGAUGCUGCACAUUUUCGUUGAUUUCAGGCUGAACCUCUUGUGCACUUAGGUGUGAUGACACUAGUCAUCGAGAGGGACUGAUGAUGUUUUUUCGUAACAGGUUUUGUGUUUUGUUACUCUCGUCCAAAGCGUGCUUUUCCUUUUCCUUAAUCAAUCUAAGCAGAGUUAGUGGAUAAAGAUUUCCUACAUUGUUUUCCUUAGGUGACCAAAAUUGACAGAGCUUACUUUUAAAACCCAACCAAUUAGAUGACUUCCAGUGGGGUGAUCUACAGACAGUAUCUUGCGCUGCUGCAUGAAUGUGAAACAAUCUGCAAUGUUUACUUUUUUUUCGACGUUGUUGGCUUGUACCUUUGUUGAUUAUUUCGGGCCAACGUGUGCUUGUGUGACAAUGCUCGGUUUUUUCCUUUUCCUGAUGAUCAUUGUGUUGCUGAGUGCCCUUGUAUUUUGUUCCUUCACUCUCAAUUUUCUGUACAUUGCAAUGCUAGUCAUCGAAACGUCUUGAUGUAAAUUGUUCUUCCUGGGGAGCGGAAUACGCUCACCGCAGGCGGUCAGUUAUGAUAGUUAAACUGCCGAACAAAGUGUUUAACCCAACCUAACGAGCUGCUUUGUCUCUAGGCGAGAGCCUCGUGCAGUUUUAUGUGGAACCACAAGUGUGAAGAAAAUGGGAGAACGUCUGUGUGUGUGUAUGCUUGGUUAUCCUGUUUUUUUUUUUUUUUUGUUACAAUGCUGCACCGAUGUAUGAGAGUGCGCCAUUUUCUUUUUUUUAUCAUACACAUUUGACGGAAGGUGACGCAGAUGCUGUUGCUAUUAAAAUUGUUUGAAAGUUGA